GACACUUGACAGUGACGUUUUGUGUCUGUGUCCAUUACGUAAAGAACUCCGAUUACGUUUUCAAAUUGUUCAUUUAAAAAUGUUCUUCGAAAGGUUUUUGAAAUUCCCGAAAUUGCUUUCGGUGAAAGCGGACGACGACGAAGAAGAGGAGGAAUUACAGGAUCCCCAGCAAAUCCUUAGGGACAAAUGCAGAGAAGGCUCGCACGCCCAGAAACUCGCCGAAAAAUACCAAACCUGCAACGAAAGGGUCUUGUCUAGGACCCAAACGGCCGAAACUUGCACUGAAGAACUCUUCGAUUUGCUGCACGCGAUCGAUCACUGUGUCACCAAAGAUCUAUUCAGUAAAUUAAAAUAAUUUAACAUCCAGUUGGUUAUCGAUGUACAUUAACGUAAAAAUAAUGUUUUAGUUGAAAUAAAGUUAGUGAUUUAAAUUUAUACUUGGUAUAAAUGAAGUAUAAAUAUUUCGUAUACCUACAGUAGAUCAUUUGUCCUUUUAGAAACCUAUGCAAUUCAUGGUAACAUUUUCCAAGGCACCCUGUAUGUUAAAAUAUUAUAUUUAAUCGUUUAAAUUUUAUUAACUCAAUAUGGCUGGUAUUAACUCAAGGUAAGAUCAUAAUAUCGUAAACCUACCAAACUGAUUGAUAAUUUAAUAUUCUACUGUUAAGUAUAUAAGUUAUCUAGGCCUAUAUUGGUAACCGAUUAAAUCUAUUUAAGUAUCGUAUCGACAAUAUAAUUUACCAGGAUCUAAUUUAGUGGUAAAUAUUCUUGCAGGUUAAAUCUAUAUUAUCUUGUUAUUCCUGAAUAAAGUUUACUAUUUGCAAAGGUAAUAAUGGAAAAUAUGGAAUAAUAGAUAUUUAACACAAAAACCACUAGUUAUAGUAACAUUAGAUACUCCAGUUCGAUGGAAUUUCAACCGCUCUAAUGGCAAUUUAAUAUUACUCAGCACUUAUUUGCCUUUUCUUUUGGUUUUUUAUUAAAUAAAAAAGCGAACUU